AUGUUUUUCUCACCUAUUCGAAGAUUCGCAGCUUCCCGAUUGACGUCAAGUGCAGGAAGACCUUUCAAUGUGUUGAUGAUAGGUGCUGGUCCUGUCAAUUUUGGGACACCGGAAGGACCAUGGGAUCAUACACCUCGGUCGGAGACUCAUGUAGUCGGUAUAGUCGAACGUGAUCCUUUGCGAGCAGAUAGAGUUUUAUCUAUCAAAAGAGCUGAUGAAACUGCUCGUGGGGGAUAUAAGGAUACCAAAGUGUUUUCUAGUAUUCAAGAAGCUGGGGCGACUUUACGAGGGGAUUCUUCACCUCAACUCGCAGUUGUAGGUAUUCAAGCUUUCGCAAGAGGUUCCACUCGUACUGGUCGUGAUACAGAACUUCAACUCAUCCAUCAAUUCCCACAAAUCGGUCUAUUGAUCGAAAAACCAAUUUCAGCCGAUGAUUUCUCUCAAGUCGAAUCAGUAGCUCAAUCUCUAGAGAAAGCUAACACCAUAACUUCCGUCGGAUACAUGUUACGUUAUCUCCAAGCUGUCAAAGAGAUGAAACGUCUCAUAGCUGUAAACAAACUCAAUAUCAUGGCUACAAAUUCUAGGUUUCUCAUGGCAUAUCAAUCCGCCGCUGGGGAAGGUGCCACCAGAAAUUAUUGGGAUAAACGUUUAGAAUUAGGUCCAAUUGUAGGACAAGGUACUCAUUUAGUGGAUUUGGUUAGAUAUUUAGCUCCGAAAGUUCAAGAGGAAACUUUACAUGUGAAUACUAUCGAACCUACUGAUCCUGCUGGGUAUUUAAGUGAAAUCAAGUUUGAUGAGAAGAAAAUAGUGGAACCUGAUCAGAGGAUACCGAGGAUGACACAUGCUACUUGGAGAUAUAAGAAUGGAGGGUUGGGUAGUUUUCUUCAUGGAUGUGUUUUACAUGAUGGUGAUUACGAUUGCGAAGUCGUCGUCCUUGCCGAUGGAUGGCUCAUGCGUCUCACCGACAUAUACGGAACCAACCCCACUCUUCAUGUACGUCGACCAGGUACAAAUGCAGAGGUAGCUACUGUUUUUGCGAAUGAUGAUUGUUAUUAUACAGAGGUCGCAGCUGUGGUCGAUGCCAUCGAGGGUACUGGUCCGAAAUCGGCUAUUUUGUCGACUUAUGAAGAUGCUAUGGAGUCGUAUAAGAUGACUUGGGAGAUACGUUUAGCAGGAGAAGCAGCUGCCAAAGCUCGCGGAGUGGAUCCUGCGAUAGAUGGAUAA